CCGAGUCACUUCGAGAAGGGCCACCGGGUAGACACCUUUCGUCCUUACUUAUGGAUGUGAGGCCAGACUACCCAUUGAAGCAAAGAUAAUGACCUUCCGGGAAAAGAUCUAUGAGGAGAAAGGGAAUGAGGAGGACCAUUUGGCAGAGUUGAACUUGUUGGAGGAAAGACAGAUGGUUGCUGAGGCUAAAAUGAUAGAGUACCAGCAAGCAGCCAAGGCCUACCAUGAUAACAAGGUAGGGCCUCGCUAUUUCCAAGUCGGUGAUGAGGUCCUGAGACGAAGGGAGGCCAGCAAACCGGGUGAUGGUGGAAAGCUUGCGAAGAAAUGGGAAGGUCCAUAUAGGGUCAAGGCAAUACUACGCCCGGGGACAUACAAGUUGGAAACAAUGGAAGGUCGAGAAUUGGAAAGGUGCUGGAAUUCCCACCACCUUAGAAAAUUCUACCGAUAGGCCAAAUGGCAAGACAUGCAUUUGUAAUACCCCCUUUGAUGAUGAAUAAAAGCUUUCUUCAAUA